CAUUCUACAUUCAUUUCCUUCUUUCCGACAACCCUUACUCAACUAUGGCUACUACGAACAAAGACGACAAGAAGAAAGAACUGCCUGCUCACCACAAGCCCAAUGGCAAAGGAUUUAUCAACCCAUGGCCAAGUUUUCAUCAGCAUGGAUUCUUAAAAUUGCUCAGGAUGUUCUGGUUAUUUGACCAUAGGCAAGCCAAAGUGACCAAUGACACUAAGCGACCCAACGUUAUUCCCCUCGACAAGACUCUCCUUGAAACCUUUAGUUACCCUCCAAAGGUCGAAAGCGCACAGACAAAGCAUGGCAAAGCGGUCACCACCUGGCUGGGACAUGCUUGUUUUCUAGUUCAGCUUGAAGGCGUCAACAUCCUGUUUGAUCCAGUCUUCUCAGAUUGUUGCAGUCCCAUUCAAGCUGUUGGUUAUCUUGGCUUGAAGAGAUACACACCACCUCCCUGUAAACUGGAUGAACUACCCCGGAUUGAUAUUGUCGUGAUCAGUCAUAAUCAUUAUGAUCAUUUGGACACAACCACAGUCAAGAAGCUUCACAAGGAUCAUCAACCUUACUUUUAUGUCCCUCUCGGUAAUAAAUCUUGGUUCCAUUCGAUCGGCAUCAAUGAGAAAGUGAAUGAAUGCGACUGGUGGGAUGAACAUGAGCACUCUUUCCAUGACAACAAGUCAAGAAUCAAGGUGAUAUGUACUCCCUGCCAACAUUUCACCGGCAGAACUUUGACCGAUAACUUCAAGACCCUGUGGGCAUCCUGGGUUGUAGAGACAAUUCCUGAAAACGCUACAGAAAAGGCCACAAAGGUGUUCUUUGGCGGAUAUGUUCCUGAAGGUGCUAACGAGGAUGAAAUGCCUCAUUGCCCAGCAUUCAAAGAGAUUGGAGAGCGUAUUGGACCCUUUGACCUAUCCAUGAUUCCAAUUGGCGCAUAUAGUCCAAGAUGGUUUAUGUCGCCCAUCCAUUGUUCCCCUGAAGACGCUGUCAGACUUCAUGAAGACAUCCGAUCGAAACGCAGUGUGGGCAUGCACUGGGGCACUUGGGUAUUAACGGAUGAAGAUGUCACGGAGCCUCCAAGACGUCUUGAAGCCGCGAUGAAGAACCGCGGACAUGACCUUAAUACCUUCAAUGUGAUCCAAAUUGGAGAAACUCUUGUUGUAGACGCUUAAACAUAACAAACAACAUCAGCGGUAACAGCAACAACAACAGCAGCAGCAGCAACAACAGCAGCAACAACAGUGGGUUAACAGUGAUAAUUCAGGUAACUUUCCCAGUCAGCACAAUAUGUUCUCCCUCAAGAAAAAAAUCGUCAGAAAGGGCGGAGCAAAUUAUAAAGCAUUCAUCAUAUCAAGUCCAAAG